GGCUGUGGAAGGAUUGGACGUGGCGCGGCUGGCUGCAGGAUGUAGCUGUUAUGGAGGGAUUUUUUCCCGUUUGUGGACUUUGGCUGACAUUUUGGCUAGCUUGUUGGCAGGGGUGGUUGCAGAUUGAAGGUUGGAGAUGGAGAAAUGCCGUGAUGGAGGAACAAACAUUGAAGGCUCUCCCUUGUUUCUUUGCUGGUGUACGAAGUUACCUACUUGGCACCUUCCCAGCAUGUCAGCCCGCUUCCACUUCCCUUCCUGUUCUUGGACCUGCCAGUCACCGCCGGUUGGCUCGCAGUUGCACUUUUUGCUUUUCCUGCCUUAGUGUCAUCACCACCACCAACCAACAAGCCAACCAGACGCUCUCAAUUAGCCGCUGGGCCACCACCACUACGGCUGUGUCACGUCUGCUUGCUCUCAUGCUCGUUUCCCACCCCUGCUUCUCGACCUCCGUCGCAUCUCGGCUCUCUCUCUCUGAGACGACAAGGCAAGGCCUGUUCCUUCAGGGUACAGUACACCCCGGCAUCCCGUUCUCUAGCUGGCCAUGUGGGGGAACACAGCUUGCUCUGGACGGUCCGGAGAGCGGAAGCUAGGCGAGUGCCUUGCAUGCGUGGGUCAUUGACACACUCAGCCCGGUCCAGUCUAUUCUUGUCUCGCAGAUCCAGCCAUGCACACACUCGACUUAUCAUGAGUUGUACCAUAUCCUCGGGCCUAGCCCAGUCAGCCCAGUCAGCCCUGGCGGCUCAGGCCUGAAAGUCUCCGUCCCACCCAACAUGUGCUCUCUUCUUGUGAUAUUAUUCCGCUGUGGCCCCCGCA